UCAAGCCACCCGUCAUGUUACUGUUAUCUCAGUCCUCAACGGCCAUACGAAUUCCUCUGAUGGUUCAUUAUAAAUAGCUAGAGCCUCACGCACCCAAAAUGGCUACCAUUGUAGCUUCCUUUGCGGCUUCAUUCCUUGUUUCUUCCUCUACUCUUUCUUCUUCUUCGUUGUUUCUCUCCGUGAGGCUAAGUUCUUCUUCUUGGUCCCGCCUUCGUUUCCCUAUUCUGCCCCUGCGCUAUCCAUCAAGGAGACUCAUGGCUCAGACUUUAGUUUGUGCCAGUCUUGGUCUAACUCAGCCGGCAAACAUCGAAAACCCCAAGAUCUCUUUCACGGCGAAGGAGAUUGAUGUGACGGAAUGGAAAGGAGACAUACUUGCAGUAGGUGUCACGGAGAAAGACAUGGUAAAAGAUGAGAACGCAAAGUUCGAGAACCGGAUUUUGAAGUCGCUUGACUCCAAGUUGAGUGGUUUAUUGGCUGAAGCUUCUUCCGAGGAGGAUUUUUCCGGAAAAGUUGGCCAAUCAACAGUUCUUAGGAUACCAGGACUUGGAUUCAAGAGGGUUGGCUUGAUUGGGCUUGGACAAUCAGCUUCAACUACAGCUGCAUUUAGCAGUUUUGGUGAGGAUGUUGCAACAGCUGCAAAGACUGCCCAGGCAAGUGAUGUUGCCAUUGUUCUCGCUUCAUCCGAGGGACUUUCUACAGAAUUAAAGCUUAAAACUGCUUCUGCAAUAGCAUCUGGGACUGCACUGGGAAUACAUGAAGAUAACAGGUACAAGUCAGAAUCAAAGAAAACAGCUCUUAGAUCAGUUGACAUUCUUGGUCUUGGAACAGGACCUGAAUUGCAAAAGAAACUUAAGUAUGCUGAAGAUGUUUCUUCUGGAAUAAUUUUUGGAAGGGAGCUUGUGAACUCCCCAGCUAAUGUGGUCACGCCAGGGGUAUUGGCAGAAGAGGCCACAAAGAUUGCUUCUGCAUAUAGUGAUGUUCUAACAGCUAAGAUAUUGGAUGCUGAGCAAUGUAAGGAAUUGAACAUGGGAUCUUUUCUCGGAGUUGCUGCAGCCUCAGCAAAUCCUCCUCAUUUUAUCCAUCUUUGCUAUAAACCUCCUAGCGGACCCGUCAAUGGCAAGUUGGCUUUAGUUGGAAAGGGUUUGACAUUUGACAGUGGUGGCUACAACAUCAAGACAGGACCUGGCUGUUUAAUUGAACUCAUGAAAUUUGACAUGGGUGGUUCAGCUGCAGUUUUAGGUGCAGCAAAAGCUCUUGGUCAAAUCAAACCUCCUGGAGUGGAGGUUCAUUUUAUUGUUGCUGCUUGUGAGAAUAUGAUAAGUGGAACAGGAAUGCGACCUGGAGACAUUGUCACAGCUUCAAAUGGAAAGACUAUAGAGGUUAACAACACAGACGCUGAGGGUAGGCUUACUCUUGCAGAUGCUCUGGUAUAUGCUUGUAACCAAGGAGUUGAAAAGAUAGUUGACCUGGCAACCUUAACUGGAGCCUGCAUUGUUGCUCUUGGACCCUCAAUUGCAGGUGUGUUCACUCCUAGUGAUGACAUGGCAAAAGAACUACUGGAUGCUGCAGAGGCAGGCGGAGAAAAACUAUGGAGGAUGCCAAUGGAGGAAAGUUAUUGGGAAACAAUGAAAUCAGGAGUGGCUGAUAUGGUAAAUACUGGUGGUAGACCAGGCGGGGCUAUUACUGCUGCUCUAUUUUUGAAACAGUUUGUUGACGAGAAGGUUGAGUGGUUACACAUUGACUUGGCUGGUCCAGUGUGGAAUGAGAAGAAGAAAUCUGCAACGGGGUUUGGCGUUGCUACUUUGGUGGAAUGGGUUAUGAAACACUCCUCUUAGAGGCAAACUAUAUGAAAGUAUUGUGUUGGAAAGAAAGUUACAUAAGUUGGAAAUGCAUACUCUGAGGUGUCUGGUUCAAUGGGGAUUGAUUGGUUGGUUCUAUGAAUAAAAUGAUCUUUGAGAGGACAAAAAGAAACAAGUGGCGGACCGAGGCUUGGUUUUUCAAGGUUGUUUUGAUGUCAUUUAAACUUGCCAUCUUUAUUGUAUAAAAAACUUGCGAUCUUUAGUUCUGAAAGUAAUUUGCCUCUCUUUGAUGUUAAUUGUUGAUAUUUUUGUCAAGGUUUUAAAAAUGGGACUGGCUCUUGAACCAGACCAGGGACUGAUUCAAAAGUCAAUGGUUAU